AUGCAAAAUACAGUAGAGAGCAUAGGGAUUGUAAAAGAAAUUUACUAUGGGAAGCAAAAAACGUAUAUAUUAAUAUGUUCUAUGCUUAUUUUAGCAACUGCGAUUCUUAUACUAUUCAUAAUAGCCUUCUUAUACUAUCAAAGACGCAGAGAUGAAGGUCUUUUAGAAAGAGCGCCUGAGUAUUAUUUAAUUGUAAAUCCAGCCAUUGCAUACUAUCACCUUGAUUAA